AUGCAGCUCCAGAUUGCGACAGUGGUCGCCGCUAUCCUGGCACCUCACGUAUUAGCCCAGACACUUUACUCCGUGUCCUACGACUCGUCGUACGACGUGGCUAGCACUCCCACCGACUCCGUGGUAUGCAGCGCCCAGCUCAACUCCGAGGGCUACGCGACCUACGGCUCCAUCCCGACCUUCCCGUCUAUCGGUGGUUUCUCGAACGUUACUGCGAACCCCGCGUAUUGCGGCCAAUGCGUCGUCCUCGAAUACGCGGGCAACUUUGCGGGCGUGAAACUCAUCAACUCGGCGGAGGGUUCGGAGUUGGUGCUCUCGGAGGAGGCUAUGAACGCGUUGACGAACAAUGUCACGAUUCACCCGCGCGUCAAUGCGCGUAUUGUCCAGGCCCUCUGCGGUGCAGACGCGCGUGUGGUCCAGCUUCCGACGAUCCAUCAGCCGGAUAGACGCACGUCCCCGCAACAUAAGACCGGUACGAUCGCUCAUGACGAUCGUGCACUUGUCUCCGCCGGCGGACCCUCUGGACCGCCGUCCGCGGUGCCUGCGAGGAUGCUGGAUCCCGCUCUCGAUAUAGACGAGUUCAAGAGGCUGCUCCCGGGAGCUUGUGGUCACAACCUGCAACUCGCAAAUGACCUGGGCUUGAAGCUCCAGGAUUCGUACAACCAGACGAGAGACCUUACGUUUCUACGUAAGAGCGUUGCUGCCUUGCGAAUGGCCGUCGAGCUUGCAGGGAGCCCUCAGACGAAGGCGAACUUGCUGAACAAUGUUGCUGUGGCCUUGAGGCUUGAGUUCAUGACCACGAGGUCUUUGUCAGUUAUUGAGGAGGCCAUUCAGACCUAUGAGCAGGCUGUGGCGCUCAUUGUAGAUGGCCAUGCCAAUAAGCCCAUGCUGCUGAACAACCUGGCCAAUGCCUAUUUGUCUCAUUAUGGAGUUUCCUCCCACAUGGAGGAUCUGGAGCAGGCCAUCUCUACUGUUGAAGCUGCCAUGGCCUUGACUCCUGAGGGUGAUCCCCAGAGAGCUGAUAGGAUGGCUACCAUUGGCAAUUCCUAUCUCACCUUGUUCAUGAGGUCUCACAAGAGAUCUGACAUUGACAAGGCCAUAUCUUCACUGCAGGCUGCAGUGGACAUUGCUCCAGAUGAAUACUAUAAGAAGUCUGGCUUCCUAAAUAACCUGGGUAAUGCAUACCAGCAAUGCUUUGACAACUAUGGGGAUGUCUCAGACAUUAGAAAGGGGAUUAAGGUUUUGUGGCACAUAACAAACCUUACCCCUGAUGGUCAUCCUGAAAAGCAUAUACAGCUAGGCAAUCUAGGGGCAGCUUAUCAGUCCCUGUUCACACAUAGUCAGAAUCUCUCUGACCUUGACCAAGCUGUCUCCCUGAAGCAAAAGGCUGUAGAGUUGUGUGUGAAUGAUGACUAUAACAAGAUGAAACACCUUAACAAUCUUGCCAGUGCAAUACAGCUGCGCUCUGUCCAGCAAAGCAGCACUUCAGACAUGGUCACUGCUUUGGCUUUAAAGAGAGAGGCUGUCCAGAUUGCUCCAGCAGGGAAUCUCAUUGAGAAAUCAGCUCUAUUCAGUACUUUGGCUAUAAUGCUGGAGGAUCAGUAUGAGCAUACUCUGAGCUUCCCAGCCAUUGAGGAUGCAAUUGCAACCCAAGAAAGAGCCAUUGAGUACACUGCAGACUCACAUGCAGAUAGGGCUCUGCAGCUUGCAGUUCUUGGCAAUGCAUACAGGCUAAAGUUCCAGCAUACAAACCAGCUUGCAGACAUUGGGAAAGCCAUCACCAUCAUGGAACAGGUCAUUCACAUGGUGCCCAUUGAUCAUCCAAAAAUGUCUAUUUUUCUGCAAGUUUUGGGAACUGCUCUGAGUGAUCAAUUUGAACAGACUGGACAGUUAGCUGAGAUUGAAAGAGCUGUGGAAGUUCUUGAGCUAGCUGUUCAGUGCACUGAGAAGGGGAGCAUGAAUGCCAUGUUUCCAUUGAGUAAUCUAGGAGUGGCUCUUGAACAUCGUUUUGAGCAUGUAAUGGAAGUGAAGGACAUAGACAGAGCAAUUCUGCUGAAGCAAACUGCUUUGAGCCUUAUACCUAAAACUCAUAAGCAUGUUGCUGGACUGUUGAGUAAUCUUGGAAAUUCAUUCCUGCUUAGAUAUGAGAGAUUGGAGAAUGCUACAGAUAUUGAGCAAGCAAUCCAGUAUCAUCAGGAAGCAGUUGAGAAGACAGAUGAUAGCUCAGCACAGAUGACCAUAAGCCUCUCAAAUCUUGGUGGUGCAUACCAGUGCCAUUACCAACAUGCUAAAGAUGUGACAGACUUGCAAGAGGCUAUUUCUUGCUAUCAGAGAGCUAUUGCAUAUUCAGCAGAUGGUUUGGCUAACAUGGCAGCCCAACUGAACAACCAUGGUACUGCAUGUUUUGAAUAUGCUCAACACACUGGGCUUGUGUCUUAUCUUGAUGAAGGCAUCAUGAGUAUGCAACAGGCAGUAGAUCUUGUACCUGAAGGACAUGCCAUGAAGCCAGCAUAUCUGCGCAAUCUGGCUAAUGCAUACUUUUAUCACUAUCAACAGGAUGAGAAAAAUGUCCUUCAUGCUGAAAAGGCUAUUGAGCUGUUGACCCAUGCUGUCCAUUUGACUCCUGAGCAUCAUGCCAGAAAGGUUGAAUGUUAUCAUGAUCUUGGCAACAUGUUCUUUGUCCAAUAUCAGCACACUUUAGACAAGAAUGAUCUUCAUUUUGCCAUUGUUUACCAUCAUUCUGCUGCAACAGCCUUCACUGGUAGUAUCACAACAAGGUUUGCAGCUGCAAAGAUGUGGGCACAUUGUGCACACCAAGAUGCUUCUCUUCAGAAUGAGUGUCUGGAUGCCUAUAGCUGGGCAUGUAGCUUGCUUCCCCAGGUCAUAUGGCUUGGCCUGAACAUGACUGAGCAAUAUGCACAGAUCAUCUCACUCAGUGACUUUGUGAAUGAGGCAGCAUCUAUGGCCAUCAUAUUGAAUAAGCUUGAGAUUGCUGUUGAGUGGCUAGAACAAGGAAGAUCUGUAGUCUGGAAUCAGCUUCUGCAACUCAGGGCAUCAUAUCAGGACCUUGAUGAACAGUACCCUGAGCUGGCCAAAGAGCUCAAAUCUGUGGCCCAAGCACUGGAGAAAGCCAGCAUGUCUAAGCCAGAGGCAGGAGUGGCACAGAGCCCUAUAUUUCUCCAUGAAGCUGCUGCUCAUCAUCAUCAACUUGCUCAAAGAUGGGAAACUUUGUUGAGGGACAUCCAAGCAAAGCCAGGAUUUCACACUUUCCUUAAGCCCAAGUCCUUUGAAGAGAUAUACCCUGCAUGCAAGAAUGGCCCUAUCAUUAUGGUCAAUGUGCACAGAAUGAGAUGUGAUGCUCUUGUCCUUGUUUGUGGUCAACAGGGUGUUCUCCAUGUUCCUCUCAGUGCAUUCAGCAAUAAGAUGGCCAGUGAUUUCCAGUAUGCAUUACAUGCCACAAUACUGCAGAGUAAUAUUCAGCAGAGAGAAACAAGGCAAACUAGACAAGCAAAAUUUGUCUCAGCUUCUGCUCAAUCAGAGCAUUCUCUCAGAGAAAUUUUGGCUGAAUUGUGGCAUCAUGUUGCAUGGCCAAUCAUCCAGGCUUUAGGCCUUCAGUGUCUUCCUGAUGAACAGAAACCCCAUUGUUGGUGGUGUGUUACUGGACCACUUGCUAUGCUCCCCAUUCAUGCAGCAGGGGUAUAUGAGUCCAGCCUCAGGCUUGAUGACCAGGUCUCAAGUUAUAUGGUGUCAUCAUACACUCCUACCUUGACAUCAUUGGCAAACUCACUUCAUGCAGCAGCUUCAGAAUUCCAAGGGCUGCUGAUGAUAACCCAGCCUGAGACUCCAGGUCAAGCACCCUUGUAUUUUGCAAAUGAGGAGCAGUCUGUUGUCAUGAGACAUAUGAACAAGUAUGAUCAUGAUCAUGCUCUAAGCACCUACCUGAGUGGAUCCAGAGCUACCAUUGAGGCAGUCCUUGAUGAUAUUUCAACUUGCAGUUGGAUUCAUCUAGCAUGUCAUGGGACACAGAACUUGAAAGAACCUAUCAAAAGUGCCUUCUGUCUCCAUGAUGGCUUCCUAGAACUGUCAACUCUUAUCACAAAGUCCAUACCACAUGCUGAGCUUGCAUUUCUCUCAGCUUGUCAGACAGCUACUGGUACACCUGAGCUCUCAGAGGAAGCAGUUCAUCUAGCAGCUGGCAUGCUGUUUGCUGGAUUCAAAUCUGUCAUUGCUACCAUGUGGUCAAUCAGGGAUGAGGAUGCCCCAGUCGUCACAAAUGGGGUGUAUUCUUACCUGUGCAAGGAUCAGAGACCUCAAGGUACCAUGUCUGCAUUGGCUCUCCAUAUGGCUGUGAAUAGGCUUAGGGAGGAGAUUGGGACCAUGGACAAUGAUGCUGCUCUACUUGCCUGGGUUCCUUUCAUUCAUGUAGGACUGUAGCCAAAGAUGUAGUGUGUCUCUCGAUAUGUAAUACUAGUGAUGUCUCAAUUUGCUGUGUUGAUCAUAACCGUUGAGGAUGCCAGUGCAGGAUAUUCAAACGAGG